GGCACACAAUAUGUCAAACGAAAAAAGUUUCAGCGACGAUUGUAAUUCGUUUAGUUUUAAUGUUCAAAAAUCAAGUUCUUUGGGAAUUAGUGAUCCAAAAAUUAUACGACCAAUCACACAUUCACAACCAUCUGCAUACAAACGUAGCCAAUUGACGACCAAACGAAUCAUUUGGGGUAAAGAAAUACCACAUGUUGUUCAUCAUCAUUCAUCGAACACGAACAAUAUUCAAAUAUUCGAUAAUUACAUCAUGAUAUUGGGAUCUAAUCCAUUGAUUACAAUUCGACCGAUCAACAUUAGAGAUGAAGUGUCUACAUCAUCCACAUCAUCAUACGAUGAUCCACAUACAAAUCGGGUAUUUGAAUUGGAUAAUCUUCGUAAUUAUUUUCAAUUAAAUGAACCGGAAUCAUCAUCCUUUCAUCAUGGUCAAUCAACGAUUUCGACUAUUCGAUUUCGUUAUGAAUAUUUCCUGUCGUUACUUGAUCCAACUAUGCCACGAUUGACUAAUUGUGGUAAUUAUUAUCGUAUGCGUUAUGCCGUUUAUGUGGCCAUUAAAAAUUCAGAUUCAAUGAGCAAUGAUUUUAAUGUGGCGGCUAAUGAUUGGCGAAAUAUGCAGGCAUCACUACCAUCGACGAAAUUAUUGCCAUGCAAACGAAAAUUGGUGCACAUUGGCGAGAUACAUUUGUAUACGAUUGUACCGGAAUCGACUUUAUCCAGUGGCCAACUUUAUAAUUCUAUGGAUCAAUCCAAAUUACCGCCAUACAUUCAUUAUGAGAAUAUAAGCUUUUUUUCAAGUCAGAUUCCUUUGAGCCGUGAAGAAUUGCAAGUUUUACAAUUAUCUAACAACAGCAGUGGCACAUCGGAUUUCACUACAAUCGUCAAUCAUUUUCGUGGUUAUCUUAAAUAUCUGAACACGAUUGUAGUGGUUGAUGAACAUCGUAUGAAUGCAAAACCAAUUCGCUCAACUUGUCUACUCGAACAGCUCAAAUAUCCAAAAAAUUUGGAUCAAUUCUCGAAUCCUGAUCGAAUUUUCCAUCAAUUUAAUCGCACCCAAUGUACAAUGCUUGCUAAAUAUUUACAUUCAUGUACGCAACCAGUGACUUACUCAAAUGUUGAACAGCAAUUACAGCUACAGCAACCAAAUGAAAAGACAAACGAAUCGGACAUAAUCACCAGCGAUUUAUUUGUCCAUAAUCUUGUACAAUUGAUGCAAUCAACAUUAUGAACUGCUGUCAUUAAUAAAAAAGGAUUGUUAAUUACACCGUU